UACAAUUUAAUUAUUGCAUAGAAAAUAAAGUGGCACAAAAUGCCCUCAAGAAUUUUGCUGGAAUGCUGGGAGAAACAUUCGAGCAAUACAAAAAAUUAUGGAUGGAGUAUUUAAAAUUGCGAAACUAUUGUGAAGGUGCAAAUGUAAAACUUCCAUUUCAGUUGUUUGAACCGGAAAGUGUCAAUGAUAUUAUGACACAGUCACAAGCCUCUAAAAAUUGUAAAGAAGUCCCUACCAUGCUUAUAAGUCAAACGUCUGAAAAUCCAAAAGUAUCUUCAUCUGUAUAUGAAAGUAUACCAACUGUAUAUAGUUCGGAUAACACAUUGAAUCCAAAUGAAACUGUUUUAAGUGAUGAUAGGUUUAUUCAAAAGGAAAUAGAUAAAAAUAAGUUAUUGCAUAGUCCAGUCCUUAUAAGAGAACGUGUUAAGCUUAAAAAAAGUGCUGUUACACCUGGUCAUUCCAUUUUAGAUGAUUCUGAGGAAAGCAAUGCAUUUGUACCAGUAAAAGAAAAUAUUACAAUUUUGUUAAAUAGUUCUCAAGAAGAUACUUCUGAAGCACUUGUGGAAUUUAAAGAGAACGAGUGUUCAUAUGUUGAGAAAAAUGAUGAUGAAGUAGAAUGUACACCAUUAUGUAAAUUACCAAAAAAGUUGGGGAUCAGUAAACUAUACAAUGUUGAUACCACAUUUCUGCAAAGUGGCAAAAAACUAAAACAAUCAAGGCUUGUAUUUUUUCCAACUGAACCGGAUAAAGAAAAUAUAGAUCAUAAAAAACAGGUAAAGUUAACUCCAUUAAAACUAUGUACAUCGCCUGCAUCUGAAAGAAACACAGAACAAAAUACAAGAGAUUUUGGUUCCAUUAAACCACUAGAUGAAGAAAUAAUUGAAGAUAGUCCCACUAAACGUAAAGAAUCGAGAUUGAAAAUAAAGAAUUUGAAGUUAAAGAAAAAAAGUCCCACAAGACUCCUAGAAAAAAGUAAUAAAAAAGGUAGUGAUAUGGUUAGUAAGUUUAAUAAUAAUAAAACUGAUGCUGCAAAAUUGUUUUUAUCAAAUGUACAUACAUCUACGCAAAACAGUGAGUCUUGUUCAAUAAAAAGAUUAGAAACAUUUAAUACACCAGAUAGUGAAAAUGUUGGGAGUGGAAGUGGUCCUUCAUCUUCUCCUUUAUCUUUAAUAUUCAUUAAUAAUGAUCACUUGAACAAAUUGUCCAGUAAAAUAUCAGAAGAAGAGAUUGAGAAUGUAGAUAUUAUUGGAAAAGGAAAUCAGUUACAGAAAAGAAAAUUAUCAAAAUUACUUAAUGAAUCAAGUAAUUACAAUUCUUCAGAAUGUGAUGACGAAACAUUUUGUCUAUUAGGUGAAAGACUUAUAGAAAAAUCUACUACUAGUAUAGGUAACAUAAAAGGUAGUAAAUAUGACCUUUCUGAAAGUAUAUCAGAUAAUUCUCCACCUGCGAAAAAGAGUCUUAUGCAUAGUUUUGAUAUGGUACCUGAGAAAGAAGAUGUCUUUAUUGAGAAGACAAAAAAUAAAGCAGAAAGAGCAAAGAUGUCUGGUAUUUCUUGUUGGGAAUGUAAGAAGUAUUAUGCAAAUCUUGGCCUCUCAGAGAAAGAAAUAAAAGCAAGACAGAACCAGUGCUCUCGACACAGAAUUAAACAUAAAGAAAAACAAAGUACACCUGAUGGGUUUUGGGAUCCUUUGUUUCCCGAUACAUUUUCAUCCUCUUUUGAAGGUGACUUCUAAAUUACCACACCAUAAAUAAUUUAAAGUAUAUACAGUAUUUUUAUAUUUUUACUUCAUAAUUGUUAAUAUUAUUCUAUACUACAUAAAGUGUAUUAAAUGUUAUAGAUCUAUGGAAGGUUAUUUAUAGAUGUGUAAGAUGUACAUAUAAAGAAAUAUAAACUUGAAGGAAUGAAUACACUUGU